UAUUCUUGGUCUUUGUAGCCUUCUGAUCGUUCUUCUCUCUCUGUUCUUUUAGUAUUGUGUUAAUGUAGUAUUUUAGUAUAAUAUAUAACAUAAUAAAUCAGCCUUCUGAGAAAAAUGGAGUCAAGCCUCGUGUCCCCACACUUGGAGCAUCCACUGCAACAAUUGGUGACCUCCGGACGUGUGGAAUUGAUAGUCACCCCAGGAGUGGACCAUCUAGCCUGGAUGCUGAAGAACCAAGACCCUGAAGAUGGUCAGAGUUCACAGCCAAGGCAAACAGAAGAACCUGUUGGAGUUUCCUGGACAUUGUGUCCAGAGACCGCAGAGCAGCAGAGCUGCACAGCUGGAUCCACAAGGACACUGUCUAAAGGGAAUGACACCAGGACCCUGCAGGUACCAGGCGAAUGGGAGUGGCAUCAGAGCUAAUAUGCAGAUGAGAAACGCAUUGCACCAAAUUUUGCAGUUUUCCAGGAAAACCCCUAAAAUCAACGAGCCAACAUAGAACUAGGAGACCUAGGUGAUGUCUAAAGAUGGGAGCGUAGUCCAGUGCCUGCUUGGAUCCUUUUUGCUUCUCACCCUAACCUGAAAAGAUGUUGACUGGAGAGAGGACCCGAGGUGUUGGACCGAAAAGAUGGAAUCUCCUAAUCUCUCGUGAGGACGGAAUCCCCAGCUCUGUCUGCAGACCAGCGGACAAAGCUGCAUCACCCUCCUCCUCCGUGCCACUCCUGGGAGCAAUGGCGCCGUGGGCACAACCCGUCGAUUUCUCCCCACCUGAGCUGAUUCUUUUUAAUAAAGGCAAUAAAAAGGAGAAAGAUCUCCUGCCCAUUCAUUUCAGUCCCCGCGGCUGCACCUCAGCCAGCCCCGUGGGAGGCACCGGACCCCGCAGCUCCGCCCGCAGCCCCACCGCCACCUGGGCCAGCUCUGCCGGCUUCAAUGGCUGCGCCUGCGCUGCAGUGUCCAGACCCUGGAGGAGACUCGGCUGCCGCGCCCAGCCCAGCGGGGGAUGCACCCCUGCCCCCCGUGCAGGUCUCACUGCUCGCUGCCGACAUGACCACAGUGCAAGAGCAUGCCGAGAAUGGUGCUGAGCCCACGGGACCGUCUCAAGAGCCGACACCAUCGCCUGUGGCGCCCUCACCGCCCACUCCAACUGUCCUGGUGCCUUCCGGAGCUACGUCCUUCGCAUCAGACCCUGCGAACAGCCUGUCCUUCCAUGGAGGGGGCAUGGCUCGCCAGCUGACUGCGGAUGCAGUUUGGCUGCCUGUUUUCAGACUCAGUGUGGUUCGUGGGUAAUUUCGUGUGUGGUCGGGGGCUUCUCCCCGGGGGUUGGAGUGCCUGCCUUCCCCCAUGCGCCCCAGGGGCGUGGGGGAGGUGGCUUCUGGAAGUUCUGCCUCUGGUCCCCAGGCCAGAAGGGAUGGGGCUGGUGUCGAGGGGCAGAAGGCAGGAGCAGUGGCGUUUGCCUUGCAAGAGCAAGAGAAACAGUGCAAAGCAAGCAUUGCUCGCUUGCUCUGGGGACAAGAGUCCCCCAGAUCUGGGAUGACAAUUCCUGAGAAAUCUCUUCCCCAGCUGCCGGCCUGCACCAGUGCUGCUGGGGGGAGGAAGCGUUUGGUCACUUUUGCUCUGAAGACACUGGCAGCAUGGUCCUGUCAGGUUGUGAGCACACAGAGCCCGCCUCACAGGCUGGUUCUGGGCCGUUUGGCUCAUUUCCCUGGGCCGGGGCCACCGCCCCGUCCAGUGUUGGGUUUGGGAGCUUUCAGCUCCCUGCCCGGACCUGGGCCACCGUUCUGUGGGCCAGGUCUGGGUUCCCUGGUCCGCCCACCAGGACCAGGGUCACUGAAGGGUCCUGGAGACCCUCUGCUACUCCUGCUCUUCUUUUGUAAGAAAAAAAAAAAAAAGAAAAAAAUUAAGAAAGAAAAGUGGAAAGAGCUAGCAGCUCAAAAGCAUUGAAAAGCCAAAAAUUAGCCUCAGCCCAAGUAGUUCAGUGAAGGGCUGUGGCCAGGGCAUUCCAGAAUUUUCUCUCUGAAUUGUUUGGUGACUGUCAAUGAAUUGUUUGAUAAUUCUUGUUCAUUCUCUUUAGCAGUUCUUUGUUUCAGAAUUCUGCAAGCCUGUUUCAGGACCAAAAGGGACUUCCAGAGAUGUCAAAGAGGAACAUCUUCAGUCCAUGGACUCUGUCCUGAAAUUCAGCUGUUUGGACUUGAAAAAAUGAACUUUCUUUGCAUGAGUUUUUUGCAUUUUCUUAUAUUGUAAGAUUGUUUUAGUGAUAUGAUAGAAUUUGAUGUUCUACAGGUGAAGAAUUUCUCUGAAUGUUUUACAGGUGAAGAAUUUCCCUGACCAUUCCACAUCAGCAGUUGAAUGAGGUUUUGAUUGGUAGCAGAUGAACCUCAAGAAAUGUUUGUUCUCUCUUCUGCAAGGGCCCAGUAGAAGAAAUUACAAACAUUCUUUUUUUCUAUUUAAUUUAAUACAUUUAAAAGGGUGAAGUGUAGCAUGAUAUUUUAUGAAAAAUCCUUUGCUAGGAUUUUUCCCCUCCUGAGGAGCUGAGAGCCUCAGGAAAGAAAUGUAAACAAUAACUAUCUGCUGCUGUGGAAUGCAACAGGUGCAUCUUCCAUUGGUCCAUGUGGAUUGUUUUCAAUUGAUGACCAAUCACAGCCACCUGUGCCAAGGCUGUGAGCAGUCACAAGAUUUUGUUAUGCAUUCUAUUCUAUUCUUGUUCUUUGUAGCCUUCUGAUCAUCUUCUCUCUCUGUUCUUUUAGUAUAGUUUUAAUGUAGUAUUUUAGUAUAAUAUAUAACAUAAUAAAUCAGCCUUCUGAGAAAAAUGGAGUCAAGCCUCGUGUCCCCACACUUGGAGCAUCCACCGCAACACCGGGUCUCUGAACUCAGGGAGUGCAGAGGCAGGAUCACCAGGAUGUUAUAAAUGACUAAUAUGUUUAUUGCCUUUCACAUUUAUGUACUGGCUUUUGCAAUUUAUUAUUGAUCACAAAGAUUUUGAUAUAGUACAAUUUGUAAUUCCUUUUAACUGCAUUUUGGUAUAGUAUAUUCUGACAGCUUAUUUAUGCACCAUAUAGCUUAUAUUAGUGUAAGAAACAUAUCUUAGGCCUUAGCAUAAUAUUAAAAUACAGACUAUGUAAUGUUAAAAUGCUUUUAGUCUUGUAAGUCACUCAGAGAAUGGUGUAAAAUAAUUGUGUGGUUUCUCACAUUUGUGGACUAUCUUAUAAUUCAGAUAAGAUAGUAGUGACAAAAAACAGAACACCCAGGGAAGAAUUUGUUAACUCUUACUCUUAUCAGGGAGUGUAAUAACAACAGGAUAGUGAAACAAGGGAUUUAAGGGUUAAUAGGGAAUUUAGAAUAGUUUAGGUAAUAUAUAUAUGUGAACAUAUGGUAUGCAUUAUUAUAUUCGUACGGGACUGCGAUAGGGGACCUCCAAAGGAUACCUGUUACAUAUUAAAAUUCUGCUGAGCUCACUGAUAAAAAACUGCUGAGCUUGCCAGAAAAUACUAAGUAGAGAGAAACUGCGUAUGUGAAGGCACUGGAGUUCGAAAGUUCAACAGUGAUGAAGACUUUGAGCCUUCAUCUUUUCAGGCCCCCAGACUUACUUAAAGACCACCGACUCAAUAAAAAGGAUAAAGUGCUCAGCCUCAGCUAACUUCCAUACCAUGCGGAGAAUAGGCGGGGAUAGAUACUGAAUAUGUAUAGACGUUAUAGAAUAUGCAUGAUCUUUGUGAAUAAAUAGAGGAAUUCUGAAUGUUGAGGCACGCAGGAUUUGGGAAGAUGCUCUCCCUCUGCGUCCAGGGCUGAAUAAAAUACAUACCUACUUUACAACCUUUGGUUGUGGAGUCAUUUACCGUGUUUCAUUUCGGCGAGAGCCAGCCAGGAGAGUUCUGUCUGUCUGCAGAUUCGGGCUAAGAAAUGGAGGAAUCCACAGCGCACCUCGGGACUAUUUCCUGGAGGAGGACUCCAUGACCUUGGCUAGCUUACUGCAGCUACAGAUAAGAGCCACUGGCAUGCGGAUCAAACAGUACAUAUCAACUUUAAUGGGGUUGUAAGAUGUACGUACUCAAGGUUGGAGGACUGUUGAUAAAUCACAGGAGACAUCCUGCGUGCAACAUAGUACCUAGUGGAAACCAAGGGGAGCCAGUGCAUCAUGAUUGUCUGGAAACCACUGAAGCCACCUACUCCAUCUGCCCAGACCUGAAGGACACCCCUUUUGAUGACACAGAAACCUGGUUUACUGAUGGAAGUAGCUAUGUCAUCAGUGGGAAACGACAUGCUGGGUAUGCAGUUACCACCAGCAAGAAGUCUCUUACAGAGAAAACCCUGGAACCACAGUGGGAAGGACCAUUCCAGGUAUUGCUCACCAUGUUCACUGCAAUUAAGAUUAAAGAACAGAAUGCUUGGAUCCAUCAUACGCAAGUGAAGAAGGCUCCUGGAGUCCCUUGGAAAGUAACAUUGGGUGAUAAUGAACUGAAACUGAAAUUUACCUGGGAAAGAUAAAUAGACUCUGGGUAGAAAUGUUAGCCUGGACAAUUAUAUCUCUCACAACCAUAGCCAUGACUGUAACUGAAGCUAAUGAAAAACCACUUUUGUACCAUAUCACUGAGAGGCAUGUUUGUCGAGGAAAAGCCUAUGACGUGCACUCCCAUAAAAUGUUGUCUGAAAUUAUGAAAGUUACAAAUGCUAAGGUCUGGGAAGGGAGAAAUGUUUGGGGCUGUGAAUAUGCAUUUGUUCAGAUUGGAUAUCAUGGGUCUUGCCAGAAACCUAUGGAGUUAUUCAGAAUUGAUUCUGAAUGUUGUGAAACAUGCUUAUCUAAUUGUCCUGCAUUUAGACUUGAAAUACAGGGGGGUGCAGUUAAAGGUUAUAGGGUGGAUUAUAACAUUACUCGGGAUUGUGUUGAUCCCCAAGACGAGGGUGAGGAAAUAAAUCCGCCAACCCAAAGACCAGAGGAACCUACAGUUACUCUAGCUCAAACUACUCCAGGGAAGGUAAUCCAGCCUAUAGUUACUAAAGUUGGACCAUAUGCUGUCAAGAAGGUAGGGAUCCAAAGACUGUUGCUGAAUCCGGAAUGGUCCUUGAAACGAGUAGAGGUGGAGAAGCAAGUGAAUGCUUCUGCUAUUCAAUCAGAAUGCACCCCCUUUCUUAAAACUUCCUUCAUGGACAGGAGCACUUGGUUGAAGAAGCACCCACCUGAUACUUUUAGGCAGAAAAGAGAACUUACAGGGAUACUAGGAACAGGAUUGGGGAUUUUGAAUACAAUAGACUCAGAGGUAAUAAUGAACAAAUUGACUGCAACUGGCAGUGACAUAGUUAAAUUACAACAACCCUUACAAUCUUCUCUACUAGCAUUGGGUACUAGUCAGUGGAAACUGUCUAAAAUAUUACCAGAAUGGAAAGGCCUAGAAGAACAAGACCAUGGCCUAAUAGUAAAUGCCAUGGGAGCAGCUAGUAAAAAUAUGUCCCUGGCCCUUGGAUGUGUACAAGCACAAUUAUGGAUGUGUAACUAUGAUAUUUUAUGAAAAAUCCUUUUGCCAGGAUUUUUCCCUCCUGAGGAGCUGGGACCCCCAGGAAAGAAAUGUAAACAAGAACUAUCUGUUGCUGUGGAAUGCAACAGGUGCAUCUUCCAUUGGUUCAUGUGGAUUGUUUUCAAUUGAUGACCAAUCACAGCCACCUGUGCCAAGGCUGUGAGCGGUCACAAGAUUUUGUUAUACAUUCUAUUAUAUUCUUGUUCUUUGUAGCCUUCUGAUCAUUCUUUUCUCUCUGUUCUUUUAGUAUAGUUUUUAUGUAGUAUUUUAAUAUAUAAGAUAAUAAAUCACCCUUCUGAAAAUGGAAUCAAGCCUCGUGUCUCCACACAUGGAGUGUUCACCUCAACAUGGAUGCAGUCAGUCGCUGCCUCAAUUAUUAGGAAAGGUAGUGAGGGCACAUUCCCCGCUGAGAUUCGCAAAAUUAUUUGGGAUCAUGCCUCUGAUUUAGAGAGAGAACUCCAGUCAUGGUGGGUUCCGGUUAAUUUCACCUAAGAUCCUGUGACAAGCAUGGUAACUGCCUUUGUUUUAACCAUACAUAAUAUGUCAGUGAGUCUGAUACAUCCAGUAGUUGCCUUAGGACUAAACCACGAGGGAACCAUUUUAUAUCCUUCUGAACAUAGGAUGUGGGCACGAGAAGUUGAAGGGAAAUGGAAAACUAUUACUAUAGAGUCUUGUGCCAUGAGGAAAUAACUAGGGUUCAUAUGUGAAGGGAAUCUAAAUAGUGAUCAAGAUAUUUGCCUGGAUACACAGCAGAGCAUUUGUCACUUUGAAGUUCACUCAGUCAACCAAACAACGUUACUUGUGUACAUAGGCCAGGGCUGUGUAUGUCUCAGGACAUCAUGCCCCACAAUAGUGUUGGAUGAGCUAAUCAUAAACAAAACCCAAUCCAAUUUAUGCAUUUGUAAUUUUGUCAGAAUUGAGGGAUGCGAUUUUUCCUAUUGAGCGCCCGUGAUAUCCUAUCAAUAUAUAAAGGCAAAUUUGACUACUGUACAGGAAAUAUCGCCUGUGCCUAUAGGGAUGAAUCUAACCUUGGUUAAGCAGCGAUUAAAACAUGAGGAACUGAAGAAAAUUCUCAAAGAAAUUAGAGACGUGGGAAGGAAGACUGAUUACCAUACAUCAUGACACAGAAGCCAUACAAAGAGUCUUUAAGAGAUUGGAAGCAGACACAUCUCACCAUGGGUGGGAUACAAUUUUUGGAUGGUCACCAACAGGGACUGGGUUCCUUAAUGCACUAGUUCAUCCAACCAUUGUGUUAUUGAUCUUGAUUGGCACAAGUAUGGUUUUGUCCAUUGUGAUGCUUAUUUGGAACUGGAGAAUGUUGCAACGAAUAGCAAUAUUAACCUCAUCGCCUGCAGUACAUGGUAAAGCAUUGAGAGAUGCAUACCAUAAAAAUGGAGAAAGGGAGUUUGGUAUCAAGUAAAAGAAUUUACUAUUUUAUAGAAAAGGGGGGAUUGAAACAAGGGAUUUAAGGGUUAAUAGGGAAUUUAGAAUAGUUUAGGCAAUAUAUAUGUGAACAUAUGGUAUGCAUUAUUAUAUUCGUACGGGACUGCGAUAGGGGACCUCCAAAGGAUACCUGUUACAUAUUAAAAUUCUGCUGAGCUCACUGAUAAAAAACUGCUGAGCUUGCCAGAAAAUACUAAGUAGAGAGAAACUGCGUAUGUGAAGGCACUGGAGUUCGAAAGUUCAACAGUGAUGAAGACUUUGAGCCUUCAUCUUUUCAGGCCCCCAGACUUACUUAAAGACCACCGACUCAAUAAAAAGGAUAAAGUGCUCAGCCUCAGCUAACUUCCAUACCAUGCGGAGAAUAGGCGGGGAUAGAUACUGAAUAUGUAUAGACGUUAUAGAAUAUGCAUGAUCUUUGUGAAUAAAUAGAGGAAUUCUGAAUGUUGAGGCACGCAGGAUUUGGGAAGAUGCUCUCCCUCUGUGUCCAGGGCUGAAUAAAAUACAUACCUACUUUACAACUUUUGGUUGUGGAGUCAUUUACUGUGUUUCAAUAGAACCACGAGAAGAAAUAAAAUAUAUUGAUUUAAUCUACAAGAUAGCAUGAAGACAUGUCAAGAGUUAAAACCAAGCAAAAGAAUUCCGAGAACAUCUAAACUCACAGGAAUGUUUGAAUAUGUAUAAACUCUCAUGAAUAUGCAUGUAACUCACGUAACCAUAUAUAAGAACAUUUUUUUAAGCUAACCGUGUGUUUUUGGAGUAUUGCCAAACAUCACAGCGCUGGAUAUU